AAGAGUAAACCACAGCAGCUCAGUUUGGAGGCCACUAGAAAUCUGUUGGUGUGUUUGCUGUGGGUGUUGAAGAAUAUGGAUAGUCAGGUCUUAAAGGAUUGGUGGGCAGAUCAGCCAUCUUCAAGGUAUAAAGAGAUUGGUUCUAUCUACUGAGUUAAUAAUAAACACUUAAUUACUGGUCUGGAGGGAAACAAAAUUAACUGUUUCCCAAGCCGAGGGACCGGUCUUUAAGUGAUUUGUUAUAUAGCUGGAAAUUCAUUUAACCUUGCUGUAACGGCGGUCGUCGGUCAACAUUCGUGGGUAACAGUGCACUGUUACCCUCUGACGUCAUAGAUUUUGCAAUGUUCUCCGUUCAGCGAUUUUGGCGGGAAACGGUUUAAUUGUAAGAUGUCAUGUGACCUCGAAGUAACCAAUGAGAGCGCGCGCUGUAGGGAAUAAAUUUUCAGCUAUAUAACAAAGAAAACUGGCCACCUGAGAGAGAGUGAGAAGCCAACUUUUUGAUUAGUGGCGCUUUGUUCCAUAGUCGUAUUGGUCCUGCUCAUUUAAAGCAAACUUUUUGAAAAGCAGUUAUGCAAGUUACUUUGUUGGAAUUUUCAAUUUCACGAAGUUAGUUUUUUGAAUUAUCCCUGAUGUUUGCGUUUUGUUCAUUUUUGGGAUCAGAGUAGUGACCCUUUAUCUCAUACGCACUGCAAGAGUAACAAGUUGAAAAACGUAAGCUUCACUAUUCAAUGGCUAUUUUGUUGGAAGAUAGACGCGGUUAGAGCGGCCGAAUUGAUAGCCUGCGAACGCAGACGUGUUUCUGGUCGUCGCCUCUCGCCACCCAAAAAGUGGGGAGAAUCGACGACCGGAAAUACGUCUGCGUUUGCAGGCUACCGAACUGAAGGGAAAGGAAUAAUCUAUUGCGUUUAAUUUUCAGGCCGUACAGUACCUUGCGGCCGUAAAAUUCACCAAUAAAUCAAUUUAUCGCAGGUUGGAAUUGCUAUUGGACGUGCUUCGCCUGUGUGUCACUCUGUUCGAAUAUGGCGGAAAGAUGCAAAAAUCAUCUCAAUUCCCGGCAGAACCAAGGCCUAAAUCCGCCCAGCAUGACAUGAAGGCCAAGCUGGAAGAAGUUCUUGGAAAUAAGGAUGCUGCAAGGGAGAUGAUGCAACGCCAUAGCAGAGUUAUGUUAGGUAAUAAUUGGCCAUUUUGAAGUCGCGUGAGAGACUGGGUUGGUGUUGUGUCGAAUGACACUAUGGGAUUGUUUCGAGAAACAAUUCUGACCCAGUUUUCCUCGCAGCUUUGUAAUAGCUUAUAGAAACGGUGAUGGUGUCCCCAAAAACGGUUCCAUAGUGCUAGUUUACACAACAGCGCGACUGUUCGUGUAUGUCGUGGAGUCUGUGUAGUUUAAAAAUACAUAUUGUCUACUUUAUUCUGCAUACAUAUCCCAUGACGAUUCUCUUUUAAGCAAUCCAGACCUUUUCCUGUUUUGGUCAAUGCCAUUAUUCGCCUGACCUUAAUGCUUGCUUAAGCGGUGACAGGACGGAAGAGGAAAGAAGAAGGCAAAUAUUGUGUGACAAGCGUGACAAUAAUUUUGAUUGAAAUAACUUUUCACCAAACUUCACUUUCCUUUAAACUGGUCUUUUUGUAAAAGACCAGAAAACAUUGAUGUUAGUGAAGAUCACGACAAAACACACAAGUAAUAGCCUUGUCACGUUCGUCACGUACAAGCGAUUUGCCGUCCUGUUGCGUAAACUCACUAUUAUAAGAGUAAAUCAGACUCUUGUCAUUGAGAGUGAGUCAGUAUUCCUAUGACGCCGUAAUUGACUGAUGUUAUAAGGUGCUAUCGUCUUUUCUAUAAUCAAACCGUGCGCAGUCGUGUGUUUUGGAAUCCCUAGAGAGCAAACCUGAAAUUAUGCAAAGGUGUAUUUUGUGGUACCUCAGAGAAAUACUUUUCUCUCAAAAUUUCCUGUAAACGCACCAGUCUCUCUCAUGGAUGUUCUGGUAAAGCUGAACCUUUCAAAACGGAGUAGUUACACGAAAUAAAUGCGUACUCUUCGCUAAACGCAUAUACUGUGUCGUAACAGAAAAGGGCCAGUCACCAGGCACGGAAACCAGACUUAGAUGGCGUAAAGAUCAAACACAGUGGAGACAGGCGAAUGAACAACAAGACAGGUGA